CUAUGAAAUGUUGAAUAUUCUAAUCAUCUGUGAGCACGAUCAAUGCCAGUUAUAGCAGAAGAUUGUUUUCAUACGUUCACGUGUGUUUUAAUUUUGUAUCGUUUUACACUGUUAGAAACAUUUCGUUAUAUUACUUUGAAUUACAAAUGGCGCGGAACAAUGAUACUGUCUCGUUUAUAAGCACACCUGGCUUUUGUUCCGAUUGUGGAUCAAUUUUGCCUCUGUUGAAUGACUACGGGGAUGUUAAAUGUUAUGGUUGCAAACGAAGCUGGGGUCCUGAAGCUUUCGGAGAUAUGGCAAUGUCUUAUACUAUCCAUUUUAACGAUAAAAAUGUUUAUGGAUCUACUAAACAACAGGAAGACAAUGAAGAUGAUGCAGAAGGUCCAAUAGUUGAACGAAAAUGUCCACAGUGCAAUAAUGAUAAAAUGUCAUACGCUACCUUGCAGUUGAGGUCUGCAGAUGAAGGACAAACUGUUUUCUACACAUGCACAAAAUGCAAAUACAAAGAGACAGAGAACUCUUAAUAUAAAUUCACAUUGCACAUUUGAGAAUUUCCAAGAGUACUAACAAUUUGAUCAAUUACUCUGGGGCAAUCGUCGAAACAUGAACACUCUUUGUUAAUAAAACAUAGAGCUUUAUUCAUGAUACACUCAACAAAUAUCAAUGAAGGGACAAUAAUAAUUUCAUAAUACCGCUGGAUUAUCAUUAUAUUUUUGUCCUAUUUAUGUGUGGUUGGGUACUUUUAAUUAUGUAUUUUUUAAUUGUAUAUACUCGAUUAAAUAUUUUGUACAAUAUGUCGGAAUGAAAGUUAACAAUUAGUUUAAGAAAUUUCUGUUAAUUCGUUCUCGAAACCAUUACAGUGGUCCUUUCAUUAUAAAAUCGACGUAUUUAAAGAGUUUGUUAGUACAUUGCUUAGACUAUGGAUAGACUUAAUUGUUACUAGUAGUCGCAGUAUCAUAUUUUUAAUAGUAAAGAGAAAUAGAUGAGCUAUAUUACGUCCAGGAAUUUUUUUAACAAACAGCCCAUUAAUUUAAUUAUAUACACGACGAGAAAGAUCUUAAACUACGAUAGUUGAAGGCUUCGUUAUCCUAACGUUAAUAAAAACCAACAAGAAGAAAUUUAUUUUUAUAAUCAAACAAUGUUCUUUAACGAUUAUAUUAAUUUACACAAUCUACGGUUGUGCAUUUGUAUAUUUAUAACAUAAAACAACAUAGCUAACACUAGCAGCUCGUAUCACAUAAACGAUUGUAAAACAAUGAAAGCUCUGUUAACGGUUAUAUUAACUAUUAAUAAUGUACGAGUCGUGCACCAUCACCGAUCAUUUCUAAACUAAAUAAAACAUUAAAUACCAUCAACAAUA